AUGAAGGUCUCCUUCUCACUUGCGAAAGCCAAGGCCACUAAACCGGUUGGCGAAACACCUUCUCUUAAACGGUCCGCAGCAUUUGCGUCUUUGGAUGACGAUGAGCCUAUCGAUGCUGCGCCUACCUCCUUCGGCGACAACAAGGUCACCGCGAACAAGCAACUCGUUGCCCAGAAUGUGGAGAUGUCCAAGACCGCAAAACAGAAGAUGGAGGCUGAGAUGAAAGUGGAUUCUACUGUUUUUGAGUAUGAUGAGGUCUGGGACAAGAUGCAGGAGGCUAAACACAGACAAAAAGAGGCCAAGGAGGCAGACUCUAAAGAGCGCAAGCCAAAAUACAUUAGUGGGCUUCUGUCUUCUGCGGCCACACGUCGAUUGGAUCAUCUACGCGCCGAGCAGAAGAUGAUUCAGCGGGAGCGUGAGGCUGAGGGGGAUGAGUUCAAAGACAAGGAUGCGUUUGUCACGCAAGCUUACAAGGAUCAAAUUGCUGAAAUGCGCAAAGCAGAGGAGGAAGAGAAGCUCCGUGAAGAGCUUGAGAGGAAGAAGAAGGGAGGAACCGGGAUGGCGCACUUCUAUCGAAAGCUAUUGGAAGAAUCAGAACAGCAGCACGAACAGACUGUUGCGGCGACUUCGACACAAUCGAAACCCGUUAUCGGACCUCAAGGUCCAGUGCCUAAUCUGACCAUCACUAAACCUCCGGAUUUUGUACCCAAGUCCGACGUAGAAUUAGCACGUCUUGCCAAUGAACAAGGCAAAGAUGUCGAGCUGAACGACGAUAAUCAAAUCGUCGACAAGCGAGAACUACUUUCAGCUGGACUAAAUUUAUCAGCACCGAACACGAGACGGCUAGGGUUGCAGGCAUCAAAGGCUCAGGAUGCUCAAGAGGAAAUCAUUGUGCACCGAGCAGUUGGGACCGCAGCGAGUAGAAGAGAGAUUAGCGAAAGACGUCAGCGUGAAGUGGCGCAGCAGCUGGAGGAGGAGCGCGAGCGAAUUCGGGAGGAAAAGGAACGCGCGGAGCAGGAUAGUAUUAACCGAGUGGUUGCGAAGCGCAAUACUGAAGAAUCGGUCCAGAGUGCGCGAGAGCGGUAUAUGGAGAGAAAGAGGCGCAGACUGGAUGAAAUCGCGUCUGGGGACGGCCAAGUUCCAGGCUGA